AUGAGUGCUGUUAAGAAAUAACCAAAGCAAAUAUCAUUAGAAACGUUUCUUAAUCUUGAAGAUUAGGUUACAUCGGAGGAUUUAUACAAUAUAGAUUAUUUCUUUUAGCAUGCAAACUCCAAGUUGAUAAAAGAAAGGUUUCAAGAAAAGGAAUUUAUAGAUUGGAAAGAAUUAAAGCAAUCAAUAAUUUUCAACGAAGAGGCAAAUCAUAAUAAUAUAUUUGAUGUCAAUUCUAGAAAAUUAUCAAGCGAAAGCUUUUUCGACGAUGAAGUUGAUGAAUUUGAAUUAAAAAUACAUUGCAAAAAGAACCAUUUAAUUCUUCUAUUGGAUGUUUCUCCUUCAAUGUUUAAAUACGACUACAUAACCAAUUCUCUCAAUAUUUAGAACCUAGAAAUUAUUUGCAAAUCUCUAUUGGAUCAUAUACUAGAAGCAGCGCAUAAGAGUAGUGAAUAAGAUCAUAGAAAGCAGUCAUUAGAUGAUUAAAAUGGAAACCAAUAGCAAUAGCAAGAAAGCGAAGGAUAAAAUCAAAAUAAAUACUCCAGUUAUUACAAAUAGCGUACAAGAAUAACAGUAUAUCUUUUCGGUAUGACUAAUAAGGAAUUGGAGCUAGUUGUAAACUACGUUUUGUUGUCUAAGCAUAAUAUAAAUGAUAUAUACAAGCAGAUUCUGAAAUCUAUUUUAGACAACUGCAAUAAAAUGUCUAACAGGACAUCAAAUUCAAAAUCCAGCAGAUAAACAAGUCCUAAGUAUUCUCCUGUUAAUACAUAUACCAAAUAAAAUGGAAAUUCAGUUACUAGACUAUCAGGUGGAAGUGAUUGUUUGUAAUCCUAUACAUUGAAUGAAAAGAAAUAUAGCAUAGACAUGGUUGAAGCAAUAAGUAGAAUACAGUAAAGUCUUAUCAUUCAUGGAGAAAGAAUGUCUUUUAGUAAGUUAGUCGUUAUUACAGAUGGUAUAUGCUUCAAUGUUGAUGACGAAAAGUUUUACUAGCAAAUCAGUCGUUCAGUUAAGCCAAUUGGAUUUUCUUGUCAUAUUCUCCUUACUGGUAAAAGUUAGCUCAACAGAGAAAAUUAAUUUGGUUACAUUGUAGAUGAAGACAUGCUCAGAUUUAUGGCUCAGAAAAUGAAUGGAGAGUUUCAUUUCUUAACAGUUCAUGAUUAAGUCACAAAUAAUAAUAAAACUAAAAAUUAAUAUGCAUAUUUUGCUUGUUGCAAGAGUCCUUAAAGUGACUUUUCAAAGAAAAUAUAACAAAUGCUGAUGACAUGGACCUUAAGAUACAACAUUAAAGAAUUUAAGUUUUCAUUUAGCAGUCCUAAAUCAAGAAAUUCCUCAGCCAAACAAUCAAUACUCUCUUCUUGCUAAUCAAUUAAAGAAGAAAGCAGCUUUAGAGGAAUAUUUGAAGAUAGAGAUGAAGAUUAGUGUACUAUUAUGUACAUAGAAGAGUCAAAAGAUGAAUAUAAUUUGAAGUUCAGGAAAAUUAUUAAAAUGGUUCAUAAAUAUGAUUUAAAACCUCAUGUCUCCUAGCAAGUUGAUUAUGAAAGACUUUACUAAAUUUGUAAGAUAAGACACUUAGAAGGGUGGAAAAUGAUUCGUGUCCAAAAGAAAGACAAUUUUAUAAUGGGCUAUGAGUAUAGAGUAAAUUUGUAAGCAAAACUUUACUACCUAGUUAAGUGUGUCAACUCGAAGAUUAAAAUAUAAAUUUUUUAGGAUGUUCCUGCUAUAUCUUAUCGUAACAAAAGAGAACAAGGAUAUAAAACACCAGAAUAUAUUAUUAAUAUAUCUAAGAAGCUUGAAUAGUAUGACUAAUUUGCUUUUAAUGCUUUUAAUCUGAUGUAGUACAACUUUGAAAGCAGCAACAAAAAGUAGACUAAAAUUCUUUGCAAUAGCAAAGUUCAUAAAGAAAUAAAUUCCAGAGAAGAUAAAAAAGUUCCAUUUAAAGAUUAAGAGGAACUAUGGGAAAAAUAUUACAAAGUCAAAACACUAACUUUCUUGUAAAUACCGAAAGACAAGGUGUGCAAAGAUAACAUUAUGAACAUUAGAAACAAAUUUGCUUAGGAAGUUUAUGAAAGAGUUAGCUAUGUAGCUGACAAAAAUAUAACCAAAAAUAAAUUUUACUUGAAAAUUAAUAAGGACUUUGUGCAUCUUCUUGAAGAAAAUAAAGAUAAGGUAGCUACUAUGGUUCAUCAGCAAUCAGCACAAUAAACACAAGGAGAUAAAGCGGCUUUAAGCCUUUCUUAAAAGGUGUUUAGUGUCGAUGAAAAUUUGAUGGAUUAUGGAAAAUUACUCACCUUAGAAUCUCAGGAUUCUGAUGGUGUUAAAAAUGGUCUUAUUGGCUUGCAACACCGCACUUCAUAAGGCUAUUCUUAGACCAACUAAUAAAUCUAAACAAACACUUCAAAUUAAUUUAAUCCAAUUAAAAGCUUGGCUUUUAUUAAAGUCUCCAUCAAAAAUUUUUACAUCACUGAAAUUAAAUUAGCAUUCUAGAAUUACCCCAAAGCACAAUAAAAGCAACUAGUUAAGGAAAUCAAAAAGACCAUCCAUAAUUAUAAUUUCGAGUCAUUUGAUAUCUCUGUUAUUUCAAACUCCAUCAAUCAGCUUUUGUAUAUGGGAUAAAGCAUAAUUUAUCCUUUUCAAGAGGCAAGUAACUUAACUAAAUCUUGGUAGUGGACUUAAGAAUGCAUUCAUGAUCUAAAAAAUUUUUAUAGCAUAUUAGCUAGUCUUAGAAAUAAUGGUCAAUUUAAAUCAAUUUAGUAGAAUAGAUCUUAAUACAAAGAAACUAUUUUUUUGACUGAAGUCCAGUUUUCAAGGACUGAAAAUAAAUCAAAGAUAAAGAGGCUGUUAAUAGCACACAUCAUUACAUUUAAAAAGAACUAUAUUGAAGUUAAAAUAGUAUGUGAGAAUGCUCUUGAUCUUGUCUAAAUCCCAGGAAAAAGCUACUAAACUGCUUAAAAAGUGCUUUAGCAAUACAUUAAUCAUAUAUAUUAGCAAGAAGAAAAAAUACUUAAAAGACUCUACACUGUCCAUACAGUUCAUAGACAUGCCAUCGCUAAGAGAAAGGAUUCCAAUAAUCAAGAUGUAUUUGUAGGAAUAGUCUUAGAUUCACUAAAAAGUCACAUGCUUACUCAUCUGAAUAUGGGAAUAUCUCUCCUCAGAGACGACACUGAAAGUAUCAAAGACAUAAGUAGUUAUAAAAAGCAUUUAGAAAAUAUUAUCAAAGAAGAAUACCAAAAAUUUGAUGUUAAUAAGGAGAAUUUUAUUGAUUACAGCGCUCUCUUUUAGAACAGCUACUUGAAGAAAACAUUUAGCUUUUCUUAAAUUGAAGGAGCUACACAAUAAGACUAGGAAAAAUUAAAGCAAUACAAUUAGCUAUUUUACCAAAGAUGCUUAGAAUAUAUUUAAUAAAAUAAUGACCAUUCAAUUAUGAACUCUAAGAAGAACUACUUAAUUGAUAUCAAAGAAAAUCAGAAAGGAUACAUCAAUUCCAAGUUUUUAGAUUAUAAAAUUAUUCUAAUUACCCUUCUUUGCAGUGAUGAUGAAUCAAGCUAAUCCAAUUAACAAAAUAACUAAAGUGAUUAUAACACCACUAAGACUUCAAGCAAAAUUGGUUUAUCAAAUUAAGCAAAUACCAGCAAUUCAUCUAGUAGUAAUAGCACUUUUAAUACUUAUCCAAAUUAAGGUUAAAAUUCUUUCAACUAUUCUCCUAAAUUAAAACCUAAUCAAAAAGAUGCUACUUAGGCUGAAAUCAACAAUUUAAAUAAAAGAGACUUAACUAAAGAAAGCAGUAACAAAAAAAUAGAAACAGCUGCAUAACCACAAUAGAAUUAGUAACAACCUCAUGUAUCCAGCUUCUCUAUAGAUUCUAAUAAAAAGCAAACUUCUUCAAGAUUUCAAUUCAAAAUAGAUUUCUAUUUAAUGGAUAUUAAAUCUUGUGAGAAUAAUACAAAUCCUACCUCCAGAGAUUUCGAAAAAUACAACAAAGGAGUCGAUUAAUAUAUUGAGCAGCUCAUGAAGUAGAUCAGCCACUUUUACUCACAGACAUGUUUUGAAGCAAUUGCUGCUAAAUAAGUUAGGUUGAACUCUUUAAGCAUCGAGGAGGCUAUACAUAACUCUGGUAUUCAAUCAUAAAUUUAAUAAAUUCCCUUAAAAGAUUUCAUGACAGUAUAUUCUUGGUUUCACAGGGAUUUUGCUACUCAAAAGAAGAAAAAUAACAAUCAAAAUUAGGUUAGCAUGAAUUUAGGUUUGAACAUAAAUAACAACAACUCAAUCAUUAAUUAGAUGAAUAACAGGAAUAAUUCACAAUAUCACUAGAUGCAUCACCAUCAUCACCAAUAAUAAUAAUAAUAACAGUAAAACAAUAAUCUUUCAGCUAUUAGCAAUUAAUAAAAAAGUUAAAUUCCUCAAAGCAAUUCUAAUUCGAUGAUAAACGAAGAUAUGAAUUAUUUAGUAAAUCAAAAAUUCUUAGACGAUGAAAUUUUAAUUAUUGAUUAAAAGAAUUUAAAUGGAUAAUAAAACGCUUCUUAAAUAAAAAAGCAAGAAAAUGAAAUCAAUCCAUUUGAGCAAUUUGACAACUUGGUUCUCACAAAAGCUCAAAAAAUAUUUGACAUAGUUGUUAAUAGCUUCUUUUCUAAUAUACCAGACACAUCAUACUACUUUACUGACCAAAAGAAGGCAGAGGAGCUUAGAAGAAAUGAUCCUUAAGAUUAUGAAUUGGCUACAGAGUUUCUUCCUAACUUGAAUCAAACCAUCCCUAAAAUAUUUAUGAAGAUUAAGUACAACUUAGGUGGUUAAUCAAGGUGUUUCUCCAGUUUUAAAGAAACAUUCAUGCAAAUGAUAACAGAGCAGCAAAAAGACAAGGAAAACAACUACAUCUAAUUUGAAUUCUAUUAAAUUCAAAGUGACCUUUUCAAAGACAAAUAACAGUAAAUGUCUGCCUUAGGAAGUGACACAUAACCUUAAUCAAACACUGCCACAAAAAAGACUCACAACUUCUUUUUUGAUUUUAAGCUCGCUUGUUCCAGUAUCAUCAAAGUUACAAACUUAGAAUAUUUCAUGAUGAAUACUCCUUUGUACAAAGAUGAUGUGGAAAAAAUUAUUAAACUCAUUUAAGAAAGCAAAUAAAAUUAUCAAAGAGUGUAUGAAAUAGAGAGAAAGAAGCUUAUUAAUUUAGAUGACCAUAAACUUCUUGAUCAUCCCAAGAACUAAGAAAUUUUAAUUAAUGAAAUCAGUGAGGCUUCUAACUAAGGAUGUCUGCAUUUAAAGAAGGUGUCAAACUCACUUAUUUUUUAUCAAAUCUUUUAGAGUCCUCAAGACGAAGAAUGCUAACUUCUAGAAUAUGACACAAGAGAAUUACUCAAAAGAUUGAACCAAUACACAAACUUUAUUGUUCCCUUUUGGUUUUUCUUAAUUUUUAAGCCUGAUAAAGUUGAGGUGCACUUCAACCCAAUUAGCUUUUUGUCUUCAAGUUAGUCGCACUUUGUAAGGAUUUAGCACGAAAUAAACCAAUUUAUUUAGAGGGCUUACUAGAGAGCUAAUACAGUCAUAUUAAUCCUUGAAAUGAAGAGAACUUAGUUCUGUCCUUAGAAUCUGGAAAUAAAAGGAGCAGCAAUGCAGAAGCAUGAAAACAAGCAAACAGGUGCACAAAACAAGAUAAAAAACUAAUAAUUCUAUCAACAAUUUAAUUAAAAGUUCAAUCUAUCUAAAGCAAGAGCAGAAAAUAAAGAAAGUGCUUAAGACAAAAUGGAUAACAACAGUAAAUAUAAGGUUGAUCUCCUAGACACUCUAUUCUUCCCCAUAUAAGAAAAAGAGGAAUUUACUACUUUUAUUAAUAAUAUGGUUUUUAACAACUUCAGAGUUCAUAACACAAGUAACACCUACCUCUACUUUGAAAAAGAGGAAAUUUAUAUUAUUUGCUUCUAAGAUAUUACUCAACAUUAGUUACAGUAAUUAUAGCACUCAUAAGAACAGAAUCACAAUCUUCACACCAUUUAAUAAUCAUCUCAACAGUAAGGACAAAACUUAUUUGUUACCUCAAUUACUUCAAUAAACCCACUGAGCAGCCAGUAAAAUGAUAGUUUUAUCAGUUAAAAUUAAAAUGGGUCAUAAGCAGCAGAUGGCAGUUUCAUCUAAUAAGCUUUAGCUCCAUUUCAGUAAAAAGGAAGUUUAGUCUCUAAUUAAUUUUAAAGCUUUAGCAUGGUCUCUUAGACAACCGCCAUUAAAGGCCCUCUUUCUAAAUACUAUACAACUGACUAGUAUAACAAAGGAAAGAAAUUCAUAAAUAUUGAAAUAUAUGGAAUGAACAGCAAGUAUUUUAAAGACGCAUAAGAAGCAAUUUGUAUUUAAGUAAUACAAGCCUAAACUUUAGAAACAAUAAAAAAAGUAAGCGGUAAGCUGUCAGAAAUUAUUAAAAUACCUAAAUCUGACUAUGAUUAAAUACUUGAGAGUUCUUACAGAAAGAAAUUUAGAUACAAAUUCCCUUCUUUUAUUGUUGACCACGCCUCAUUUAUGUACUACUUUAAGUAAAACAUUUAGAAAAUCAUGAAUAAAUUUACUGUGCUUUAGAAUUCUAAUAAUCGUCCUUCAGCUUUAGAUCAUACUAAAGAGAGCUUAGAAAGCCAAAUUGAUGUUUAAAAUGUAAACCCUAACACGCCUAAAAAAGAGAAUUAGCAAUUUGAUUAAUUUUUGACUGACAAUUACGGUGAAAUGAAAGUUGUAAAAGUUUAGUAUGAAAAGAAUGAUUUUAGAUUCUUAUUUAAUGGUCAGUCCUCAAGGAAAAUAUUUGGUAUUUGUAUGUUCUUAAUGAAUGUAGUUUUACAGAGAAAAAAACAAACUAGAGAAAUGGAGGAAGUUAAUCAUUUCUACCCAAUAGUUCCUCUCAAGUAGCUCUAAGAUAAUCAAAAACUUGGCAUCAAUGCUAUCGAAACAAUUUCAUUGGGUUGUGGUUACAGCUAAAACGAUUGGGACGACUAAAGUUCUUUUGUAUAUAACUUUUUAGCUAAUAACUAACAAAUAGACUCGUUCAAGCCACCUGACAUUUAUAAUUACAUAGAUAACAAAUAUAUUAAAGAGACUAAUUCUGACUUCAAAAUCGAAUUAGCAUCAGAAAUCAUAACACAAGAAGAGUACUUCUUAGACUUAGAAAUUAGAAAUAAGGGUACUGUUGAGUAGGAAAAACUUAUAAAUUAUUUAACAGUAACUUUGAAUCAGAUAUGCCUUGAUUACUUAUUUGAGACAAUUUUACAGAGAAGCAUAGUUACAAAUUUGGAUGAAAAAAAUUAAAAUAAAAGAGUCUAGUAGGAUUACUUCUAUAAGUCAUGCUUGAAUGCUGAGAAAUUGUUUACUAAGCUAAAUCAUAAAAGCUUCUUUAUGUAAUACUAGAAAUACUAACAUAAGUUCUACCAUAAUAUUUGGCCUAGUUAUUUGAAAUAUUGCAGCGCUUUACUAGAAAAGGAGAUUUUAGAGAAAUGCAAGAUUAAUGAACAAAAUAUUAACUUUCCUUCCAUAUACGUAAUUGAUGAUGGAUUAGGUUAUGCUUAAAUAUUUGAACAUUAUAACGAUAUGGAAAUUUAUUUCUUAGGAAAUUACAAAAAUUCUAUUCAAAUUAUAAAAAAACCUCCUUAAAUCUCUUAUAUCAUCUGUGGAAACCUCUUGAAAUAAGGAAUCAGAGAUGGAAAAUUUGAUAAAAACAUGAUGAACAUCUUUGAGAAGCUGAAAGAAGACAAAGCUGUACAACUUUCACCAGUUGAAAAAUAGGACUUUGACAUUUUUACUCAAAGAAACUUUUAUGCAAGAAUUUCAAUUCAAUAAAAAAGCUUAGAAUUAAAGUUUUACAAUUUGAACAGAAGUAUUAUAAAACAAAUGAAUGAUUAUAUGGAAACUCUAUUUAACUGGUCCAACUGCAGAUAUCACAUCUAAAAGCAUGUAUUUUUACAGAAAUUAGGUGUUUAUACUUACUUCAGUUAAUACACUGUACCUAAGCAAAAAACUUAAAACCAGUCCUUCAUAGACGAAAUUCACAAGAUAUUAACUUAAGAAGAGAAGGCGGAUUUUGGUGAUCUUGGAGAUGCUACUAAUUAUAAGAACUUUUUAAGGGUUAGAGAACAAGAUUUAAAUGAAAAGAGAGCUAAAGAAGGAAAUACUUAGAAACUUACAGAGUAUAUUAGCACUCUAACAUAUAAUGUUUUUCCUUAAAAGGGUAGAGAGAGCAUGAUUGAUAUGUUUUAGAAGCACUACAACAACUUUUUAACUGUAUCUUUCAGAAUUAUAAAGCCUAAGUUUACUAAGAGUCACUACAACAAAAAACAAAAUGAUGAUGGAAAUAUCGAUUCCUUAAUUAUACACGGAGGACCAUUCCUAAAUUUUGUUCAAGACUAUUACAUAAAUGACUACAAUAAACAAUUCUUUAAAUUUAUGAGAACUAAUUGCUAAUCUGGUAACUAAAAGCUAAUUGAUUUCUAGCUAAUUAAGAAAUUUUUGAAUGGAGCUGAUUUAGUGAGAAAUGACAUCUGUCCAAUAAUAGUUAUCAUAGCCGAUAAUAACUAAUUCAAUCACUGGAAGAGAAAAGAAGUUGACGAAAGUGAUGUUGUUGGAGAUCAUUUAGAAUUUUUGGAAAAAGAAGAAAAUAAGAAACUUAUUAAUGCUUACUAAUUAUUCUAAGAUAUUUACAUAGAAUAAAUUUAAAAAUUAGUGGAAAAAGCUACAUACACUGUUAAACAAAAACUAGAUGUCUUGCUUUCAGACUAUCAAAGCGAUCCUAGUUAGUCGUUUGUGACUUUAAAAAAGAAUUUCAGCUAACUUGAGAAUGAUAGGUUUUAAAUUUAAAAGUAUAAAUAGGUAUCGCUUGGAUAAUUUAUGAGAGUGUCUUAGAUAGAAGACCAAUCAUCAGUUUAGCUGAUUAAUCAAUCUAAAGAGAGUAACAUGUUGAAUUAAAAAUAACUCACUAAGAUGCAAUCCUUUAAUGACAAUAAAAGUAAUAUAACGAUCCUUAUGAAAGCAGAGUCGAAAACACUUUUCUUGGUUGAGUUACAAUUUAAGAUAUCAGAAAUUACAUAGAAAGUGUAUUACUAAUCCUAGGAUAAGACAGACUAAUUCGAGCUUAUUCACAACCAGGAAAUCAACCUUUUCCAAAGUGAAUUUAACAUAACCAAAGAAACAUUUGAUGCCCAUUUAAAUCUAAUUAACUAAAUCCUUCACAGUGAUUAAAAAGACGAAUACCCAGAAAUUGACAUAGUGCAAACUCUUAAUUCUCUAUAUAUUCAUUACUCUGAUCUAAUUGAUCUUUCAAAAAGUCAACAUAUUAUUGAAUCUAAAGUCAUCAAAGCUAGUUUAGGAUUUUUCAAUUCUCAAUUCAACUAAAAGGAAUUAAUUGAAUUCCUAGAUUUUAACAUAAAAAGCAAAAAAAUUAGCUAAUUUUACAAUUUAGGAAGUAAUAUUUGCAUGCAAAUUGAUUCGUCGAUUUUCAGUGGGCUUGUCACUUAAAAGAACAAUUUCUAUAUAUUUUUAAAUUUCUUACCUGACGACAAAAGCUUUUUAAAUAGCCAGAAGAUGAUUUAGCUUCAAAUAGAAAAUUCACAAAAUACAAAUGAAAUUUUGUACAUUUCUUAUCAUGUGAUUGUAUUUGAUGCAAAAUUAACUGACACAGCUUCCAGAGAACCCAUCAUAAAUAAUAUUCAUGCAGAGAUAGAAAAACAAUUUAGACAGAUUUUGCCCAAACAGAAGAAAUCGUUUAUAAGCUAAGAUUACUACAAUAAAAUCCUAGCUGGAGAUGAUAAAAUUUAUAAUGAAUAAAUCGAUUUACUUCAAAAUAAUUGCUAAGUCAUUCUCUUGCAACAAAAAAAUCCUGAUUUCCUUAAAGAUAUUAAAGAUUUAUAAUGCUUCGACCAUUUUUUCCUUGAAUAAUUAAAAUGGAUGUUCAAAAUGACUAAAUUCACACAUAGGGAUAGAUAUAAUUCUUACUCUAUUUUAAUCCCUAUUCAAGAAGAUUCUGUUAAUUUCUAGGGAGCACUUUUAAUUAGCAUAAAUGAGAAAAACCAAAUAGAUCCUGAGAAAAUAAAGUGUAUCAGUAUAAACGAAGUAGACGAGUAGAAUUUUAUUUCAAUUAUGUAUACAUACUUAAAUGAAAUAAUACUUAACUGGGUUUACUACCUCAACGAAUAGCCUUACUAGAUAGAAAUUUGA